AUGACAAGUGUGCGUCUUGCUUGGCUUGGGUGUCGUAUGUUUGUGGAUGAAUCCGAUAGAUCCUUAGUACUGUUUAAAUGAAAAAGUUGAUAGCUUCAGUGUCGUUUGCCUUUUUAAUUUUUAUAUUCCAUAAAUUAUUCUAUGAGGACGAACAAUAUACCUUCGAAAAGAGCCACAUACUCAAAGAAGCCCAAACACAUACAGACGAUUAUAUUAACCAAAAAUUUCAGUUGCCAUUAAAAGUAGUGGGAUUGAUACUGGCUCGUGGCGGUAGCAAGGGUAUACCGAAGAAGAACUUGGCAAGAGUUGGUAACCUGACGUUACUUGGGAGAUCACUGAAAUCCAUAAACGAAUUUGGGCGUUUCGACUCGGUGUGGGUUUCAACCGAUGAUAAAGAAAUAGCAGAAGAGGCCGAGAGAUGGGGAGCCCAAGUGCAUUGGCGGUCAUCUGAAAGUGCAACAGAUACAGCUUCGUCAAUGAUCGGUGUCGAAGACUUCCUCGCUCACCAUGGAGAUGUUGAUGUAAUAGCACUGAUCCAGUGUACGUCUCCUUUUCUGAGCCCAUUGUUUUUAAUGCAAGCUCAUGUAAUGGUGUUGAAUGAUAAAUAUGAUACUGUGUUUGCUGCCACAAGGAGCCAUCAUCUGCGUUGGCAUCAAGACAUUGAUGGGGCCGUUAAACCAUUGAACUUUAAUCCAAAACGAAGACCAAGAAGACAAGACUGGCCGGGUGAACUGGUAGAAAAUGGCAUGUUUUACUUUGCGAAAUCUGAGUUCAUACGUCGUGGGUUACUUCAGGGAGGAAGGUUUGCCCCCAGUCAAAUCUGUUAGUGCCGAUAGACUGUUCUGUGCAUUGUGCUUCAUGUUAAAUAUGAUUUCUGUUCCUAGAUGUGGUGUCGUUGAAAUCCCACAAAAUUACAGCCUUGAAAUAGACACACGUUUCGAUUUAGA